AUUUAUUAGAAGGACUUAAGGUCGGCUCUAAAAGAAUGAGAUCGUCGGAAUUUUCGAAUGAUUUGAGUUCUGAGCCAACUAAGUAUAAUUAUGAAAAUAAUUUUGAAACGGAAGAAUUAGAUUUUGAAGAUUGCAGUGCAAUAAAGGAAUCAAAUAAAAGUGAUGAAAACAACAUUCACGAAGCCACUGUGGCCAUAGAGUCUAACAAUGUUGCUGAUAAAUUUAUGGAAGUUGAGCACGUCACAAAAGUUAACUCAG